UCACACCAACUAUUCAAAUUUCAAGAGUUAGUUCUCUCCUCUCAUUAUUUUUCAUUUCAUUCAAACAAAACAAAACAAAAACAAAAAAGGUCAAAUAUGAAACUCUCUUCUCUCUUCAAGAACUCAUCACAAAAUUCCUCUUCUUCUACUCCUACUUGUACUUCUCCUUCCCCAUGGCCAUGGUCAUUACCAACUUGUGGAAAACCAAAAACACUUUCAUUUAGAUUAGAAAAGAAUCAACACAACAUUUACAACUCCACUUAUCAUCUUGAUGAUAUUAAUGACACAACAAGUUAUAGUUUUGAUGACUUUUUUAGUGAAAUUGAUGAAACAAGUUCUUCCUCUACUACAACUAUCAAUGGUCAAGAUUGUAUAGAGAAAGUGAUUAAAGGGUUGAGAUUAGAGAAAGAGAGGUUAUUUUUUGAGCCAGAAGAAACAAGUUCAAUUCUUGAUUUUCAAGAAAACAAGAAUAUUAGUAUUACUAGUACUAAUAUUAAUGUUGUUGAUGAAGGUAAUAUUAUUAGUUUUAUUCCAAUGGGAUUGGAUUCAAAUGAUCCUUUUGUUGAUUUUAGAAAAUCAAUGGAGGAAAUGGUGGAAGCAUAUGAGAUUAAAGAUUGGGAAAAUCUUGAAGAGUUGUUGACUUGUUAUUUGAAGGUCAAUUGCAAAAGUAACCAUGGUUAUAUUGUUGGUGCUUUUGUUGAUUUAUUAGUCAAUCUUGCAACUUUUAGUGACAACAACAAUAAUAAUAUUAAUGUUGGUGUUGGCGUUGGUGCUGGUGUUGGUGUUGGUGUUGAUGAGUCUACGAUAAUAAUGACAACUAUUGAUGAAGAACAACAAUGUUUAUCAUCUUCAACAACAACAACAACAACAACAAGUCAUUCUUUCACAUCUCCAUUGUCAUUUUGUUCUUAUUCUUGUUCUACUAGUUCAUCUAUUACUAGUACUAGUGCUUGUUUGUCUUUGUUGUUAGAAGAAGAUGAGGUUAUUCAAAGAAAAAAACAAUGUUAAUAGCAUUGUUUUAUUAUCUUUUGAUUUUUUAUUUUGGAACAAAGAAAUUAGAAAAAAAAUGCAAAAUGUAUAUGUAUACUAGUGGAGUAGUAGUUCUAUUUUUUUUUUUGCUUCUAUAAAAGUUGUUGUU